AUGGCCUUUGAGGAGCUUCUGGAUAAAGUUGGUGGCCUGGGGAAAUUCCAGAUACUUCAGAUGGCUUUAAUUCUCCCUUCUCUCAUGAUAGUAGUCUGUCACUCACUGUUGGAGAACUUCACUGCAGCCGUUCCUGGUCAUCGCUGCUGGGUCCACAUCCUCGAUAAUGCCACUGUCUCCGAUAAUGACACUGGGAUCCUCAGCCCUGAUGUCCUCCUGAGACUCUCCAUCCCAGUGGAUUCAAACUUGAAACCAGAGAAGUGUCGUCGUUUCCUCCACCCCCAGUGGCAGCUCCUUCACCUGAAUGGGACCUUCCCCAACAUGACUGACCUGGACACGGAGCCCUGUGUGGAUGGCUGGGUGUACGACCACAGCUUGUUCUCCUCCACCAUCGUGACUGAGUGGGACCUCGUAUGUGAUCAACAGUCACAGAAACCAUUGAUUCAAUCCCUAGUCAUGGUUGGAACACUGGUGGGGGGCCUCAUCUAUGGCCAUCUCUCAGACAGGUUUGGGCGAAAGCUGAUUCUCAGGUGCUGUUUACUCCAACUUGCCAUCUCUGGGACCUGUACAACCUUCGCUCCCAACAUCUUCAUUUACUGCUUACUACGCUUCUUGUCGGGCUGUUCCAUUGCAGUCAUAAUAACAAACAACUGUUUUCUAAUUAUAGAGUGGACAAGAUCCCAGUCGAAAGGCAUGGUAUUAACAUUGAUAUACUGUGCCCUUAGUAUUGGACAGAUGAUGCUGGGAGGACUGGCUUUUGUCUUUCGAGAGUGGCGCACCCUGCAGCUGGUGGUGUCUGUACCUUUCUUUGCUUUCUUUCUCUCCUCAAGGUGGCUGGUGGAAUCUUCUCGAUGGCUGAUUAUCACCAACAAACCAGAUGAGGGCUUAAAGGAGCUUAAAAUGGUUGCACACAGAAAUGGAAUGAAGAAUGUUGAAGAAACCCUGAACUUGGAGGGUUUGAGAGUGACCAUGCAGGAGGAGCUGGAGACAGCACAGACUAGAACAACUAUAUUUGACUUGUUCCGCACACCCAACCUGCGAAAAAGGAUCUAUCUCCUGUCCUUUGUGAGAUUUGCAAGCACACUACCCUUUUUUGGCAUUAUCGUCAAUCUACAGCACUUUGGAAGCAAUAUUUUCCUGUUCCAGGUAAUCUUUGGAGCUCUCACUAUCUCAGUCCGAAGUCUUGCACUUUACCCACUGAACAAUGUGGGCCGUCGACCAACCGAGAUGUUGUUCCUGUUCCUGGUGGGACUUUCCAUUUUGAUCAACAUGUUUGUGCCUCAAGAUAUGCAGACCCUGCGUGUGAUUUUGGCAAGUGUGGGAAUCGGCUGUGUUGCUGCCUCUCACACCUGUUUUUCUGUCCACCAAAGUGAACUCCUACCCACUAUUGUCAGAGCAAAAGCUGCAGGAUUAGAUUUGUUGGCUAAUAGGUGUGCGGCAGCACUGGCUCCCCUACUGAUGACCCUAGUGGUGUAUCUACCCACCCUGCCCUGGAUCAUCUAUGGAAUGUGUCCCAUCAUUGCUGCUCCUGUUCUCCUUCUCCUACCUGAAACUAGAAAUCUGCCUCUGCCUGACACCAUCCAGGAUGUGGAGAAUAAGUGA